CGGCUGGGAGGCGGGGCCUGCGCGGGUGUUAGGUUAGCGCGAGGCGUGACCUAGUUGACAGGCUCUGAGGUGCUGCUGUGGCGGCGGCCGUGGGGGUGAGGCGGGUGGGAGCCGGAGCCGAGCGCGGGCUGAGGGAGGAGGGCGGCGACUGGAGAGCGGCGAGCGGCGCGGGACCCGGAGCCUCUUUCACUUUUUCCCUCCCGAGUGCCCCCUCCCCACCCUCCCACUCCACACACACCCUGUUUGCCCGUGAGCCUGGGGAACUUGCAGCUUAAAGCCAGCCACCCCCACGGCAACAUGUACCCCAGCAACAAGAAGAAAAAGGUGUGGAGAGAGGAGAAAGAACGUUUGCUGAAGAUGACCAUAGAGGAGAGACGCAAAGAAUACAUAAGGGAUUAUGUUCCCCUGAACACCAUCCCAUCGUGGAAAGAGGAGAUGAAGGGCAAGAGCCAAAAUGAUGAAGAAAAUACUCAGGAACCAUCACAGGUGAAGAAAAGUUUGAGUGAGAAAGUUUCUCUGUAUAGAGGUGACAUCACAUUGCUAGAGGUGGAUGCUAUAGUCAAUGCGGCAAAUGCCAGUCUUCUUGGAGGUGGAGGUGUGGAUGGCUGUAUUCACAGGGCAGCUGGGCCCUGUCUGCUCGCUGAGUGUCGGAACCUGAACGGCUGUGACACUGGACAUGCAAAGAUCACGUGUGGCUAUGACCUGCCUGCAAAAUAUGUCAUCCACACUGUAGGGCCAAUAGCCAGAGGCCAUAUUAAUGGUUCCCACAAGGAAGACCUUGCAAAUUGCUAUAAAUCAUCUCUGAAACUGGUGAAAGAAAAUAACAUCCGAUCAGUUGCAUUUCCCUGUAUCUCAACAGGCAUUUAUGGUUUUCCAAACGAGCCUGCUGCAGUCAUCGCCCUUAGCACCAUUAAGGAAUGGCUGGCCAAGAAUCAGCACGAGGUGGAUCGGAUCAUCUUCUGUGUCUUCCUAGAAGUCGACUUCAAAAUCUACAAAAAGAAAAUGGGCGAGUUUUUCCCGGCAGAUGAUAAUAAUGAAGAAGAAGAUGCUGACAUGAAAGAAGAUUCAGAGGGGUUAGAGCCAAAAGACCACUCUCCACCCCACAAGAAGAGCAAAGCAAAGAAGCCAGAAGGCUCCAAAGACUCCAGCGAGGAUGAGAAUGGUCCAGAGGAAAAGCCAAGUGCAGAAGAAAUAGAAGAGCAGAGCCAAGAAGCAGGUGGGCUCAGAUUUCUUUUGAAGCGUCUCCUCGGCCUCAUCCCCAGAGAUGGUACCAGCACUGCUUCGGCGCCCAGCCCUUCUUCUGAGGAAGCAGUUGAAGUCUGUAAAGAUGAAGAUUCUGCAGAGGAUGAUAAUAUAACAAAAGACAGUGAAGCAACAGAUCAUUCUGUGUGUGACCAAGAGCAUACCAGUGGGCAAGAGAACGAGUCAACGAAGAAUGAAGUAAAAAUUGAGGCAGAGUCGCAGAGUUCAUAUAUGGAAACAGAAGAGCUUUCAUCAAACCAAGAAGAUGCCAUGAUUGUGGAGCACCCAGAAGUGACCCCACUGACAGACGACCAAGAAGAAAGCGAAGAUGAAAAAGCUCAAGGCGGGAACACACCCAGAGAUCCUGUGAAAAGCGAAGGCUCUGGUGACACAGAGAGCUCCACAAGUCCUGAUGUUGACAUGAAUUGUCAGGUUGACAGUGUAAAUGACCCAACAGAGAGUCAGCAAGAAGAUUAACUAAGGGGCACGCGAUGAAGCAGAGGGACAGCGCGAUGGCAGUGAAGGACAGUCCUCAGAGUGCAGGCCUCCCGGCCCCGGGGAGGUGCGGGAAGACGCCGGCGCGCACAUGCACUGUGCAGGCGGGUGGGGUGGGGGGAGGCGAGUCCCACCGAAGGACCGGGAACCCUUUGCUGUCAUUUCUCCAGCUGCAUUUUGUUCUGUUUACCCGCAGAAAGGAAAAAAAAAAAAAGAAAAAAAAAAGUUUUCUUUCAUUUGGUGGGGGACCCACGUGAAUGCAACUUUCAGGCGCUAUCCCUGUCGUUUCUGUCUUUUCUUCUCCCAAGUCCGCCCCGGGGUCGCAGUGGCACGUGUAACGCACAAGUGUGUUCUGGUCCCUGUCUGCUUUCUCGGUUAUUUCACAAAGCUGGUUGGUACAGUGAUUUCUCCCAAAAAAAAAAAAAAAAGGAAGGUGACUGAUAAGCUGCAUUUGAGGAAACAUCAAACCCUCUAUCAGUAGAAUCCACAGAGGAAGGAGGCAGGACAGAAAAUGGGCAAAACCCUCAGAAAUCGCUUGGAAAAACGUCAGGAUGAUCGGUUGCAAAUGGUCUUUUAUUCAGGGAUUCCCAAGGUCCAGCACUGCUCCAUGAGGCUCUAAGGCGGAAUAUGAAGGCAGGGUUUAAUCCGGAGCAGACCACAGAGGCAUAACAAGGCAGGCGGAUGGACCCUGGUCUCCUCCUUGGUAACAAGAGGGCAGGUGCGUCCUUGUCUGACCCUGACUUUCAGCAGAGCUCACCUGAUUCAGGAAGCCUUUAACUGUGUCUUUCCCUCAGGGAGAAGUGAUUCCUUGGGACACAAUUCUAAGGGCACUUUCCUAGGUGUUUUAGUUGAGAGGGAGACGGCUGCAUUUAGAAUCCAAAAAGUUCUCCUUGAAAUCUUCAUACAUCUGCUUUCCAUAAAAGAACAUCUUGUUUUCACCCAGGGACUGAUGACCCACAGAGCAGAUUCUCGUUUGAAUUUGGAGGCAAUUAGAGGCCUUGCUUGCAGUUCUGGCUCCCUGGUUUGCAUUUAAAUGGUAUGCUUUGUUCACGCCAAGUUCAAGACUAAUUUGAUGGCCGUCCUCUCCCCCAGCAGGCAUGGAAGGGAAGCAGCGGGACUAAUAAGCCAAGAUGUCCCUGGUACAGUGGUCACAAGGGAUUAAGGGCGUGGGAAGACGUCAGAGGUUGUCACAAGCAUCGUCCCAGAGCCAACAGGAUAGAACCCUCAGAAGGCAAGAAGCCUGCCUCCCUGGCUCUAAGACCAGUCUGCCCGUCCCUGUGGAAACUCCCAUUAUUUCUUGCAUAUCUUUUUUUUUUCCUGGUUUUUGUUUUUUAAUUUUUUACACUGGUGUAUUGGUUUCUGCCAUACAACAGCGCGAAUCAGCCGUAAUUACACAUAUGCCCCCUCCCUCUGGCGCCUCCCUCCCCUGCCCCCAUCCAGCCAUCGGGGUCAUCACAGAGGGCCAGACUGAGCUCACCCUGCCAUGCCUCCCUUCAGCUGUCCGUUUUGCACACAGUACUGUAUAUAUGUUGAUGACACUUUCUCCAUUUGUCCCCCUCUCUCCCAUCUUCUUAAACCCAUCUUCCUUAUGAGGGCUUUAGGGCUUUCCUUAUGUAAGUUAACUGCAUAUUUUUUUCUUAGUAGAGGGAGAAAAGGAAUGGAUCAAAUGGAGCAUUUCUACAAUAAUCAGGGGCUCUGCUUUCUACAUAUUCCAUGGAGGUCUUCAGUUUUGCUCCUUCCUCUAAAGAAAAUUUCACUUUCUUGUCUUCCUAUGAAUUUUGUUUUGGCUUUUCUGAGUUUGUUGCCUUAUUUGAUGGCUUAUUUGGUCUCUUGGAAUAAUAAGUUGUAUUUCUACCUAUGUAAUAUGUUUUAACACCCUCUGCUGUUGUUGUUGUUGUUUUUAAAGUGGCUCAUCAACCUAGCAGUGACAUUUAAGUGACGUCAUGAUUCUGGAACACGGCUGUUUCCCCUUCUGCCAUUAUCCCAGAGUUUGAUACAGAAACUUAUAUGUGCUCUACUGCCGUUAGACACUGCUUUCUAGAAAACCAAGGAAAAGCCUCAUUUUAACUAAUCCAAGCAAAGAUGCCACGGGAAUACAGACAGCUUCUAUAUUUCACAUCAUCUGUAUGACUUAGCUGACAGGCGCCAUCGUUCUUGUGAAGUGUUGGGUUGGCCAACACGUUCAUUCAGGUUUUCCGUAUGAUGUAACAGAAAAACCUGAAUGCACGUCUUGGUCAACCUAGUACUUGACAAGCGCAAUCUACCAGGAAGACAUAUUUCCUGUGACUCCCAAGCGUGAGUGCUACUCAUGCUGAGUAAUGAGUAACAGUGGAAAACAACAUGAGGUGGCAAGAAGGAUGGGGAUUUUUUUUUUUUUUAAUGGACAAAGAUCUAAUGUCUCUGGCAGGAACAGUAGGGAUCAGAAUUAUUUCUGUCCUGGUGUUCCUUUUGAUGUCAAUGACAGCCAUUCAUCCAGUUUUCAAUGUGGGUGGGUAUCAAUGAGAUGAUGGAGUUCUCUGCCUGAAAAUUAUAGAAAAAGAAAGUGGGCUCUGCAUCCGGGACACUGAGUGAGGAGUAAAGACCAUCAACCCUGCUCCCGAAUUGGUUUACACUCCUCUUUAUGAUUAGACUGCGUUUUCAUUUUUUCCCUCAUUCUGCUUUUGGGUUGCUGUUUGGCUAGAAGAUUUUAUGCUUUAGAACAAACAAUGAAGCAAAUUUCUAUUUCAAUAGUAAAACAUUAAAAAUCUAGCUUUUGGCCACAUGGAAGAUACCCACAAUGCAGGAAACCUUUAUCUCACUGGUGCUGUCAUUGUACAAACUGUGCAAUGGAAAAUUUGCCAGACUGAUUCAUUCUCCGAACAUGAAUUCUGGAAGUCCGUUUCCAACCACUCUCUAGCCAGGCUAGGUGACUCAAGGGUUUAUAGGAAGGAGAGUAGGAGGCAAAUAGUCCCUUAUUUAAGUCCUGUUUGCAUACAGAGGAUGGAGGUGGGCUUUCCACAUAAUAGUUCUAUUUAAAAAGGUACUCAUUGUAGGAGAGACAAAGGGUCUGUCCUCUAUCUGGUAACUACUCAAGUGAUGGACAAGCCUUCCUUCACAAAAGCUUACAAAGGAGGCAUCUGAAACACAGUCUGUGACACUGGGUCACCUAUUAGUCAUCCCAACUAAUUGUACAUCUUUCUAUGAAACACUGAAAAGCCUCUUUGUGAAUUAAUACAGCUCUGCUUGAUGCACUCGAUUUGAAAUGACAUUUUUCUGUAUGUGGUGCAUGUCAGCUUUGCUUUGAAAAAUAACAAAGUUAGCAGAAUAUGUUCAAUAUAUUUUCUUGGGGAAUAGGGUUUUUAUCAUACAAUUCAUUAAGGAUUUGCCUUACCCUGACAUUUGUGAUAUAAAGGAAAAUCAGAAAAAAAGUAAUUUUCUUGAUCAAGAUAUGUUUUUACUUAAUGCAAAUAAAUGUAGUCUGUUGCUUGCAAGGAAAAAAAAAAUGUCUUCUGAGAUCUGGUAUAAACUGCUAAAUAGAAUAAUACGUGCCUCUUUUGUUAAACCAGCAUUUCAGCACUGGACUGCUUCUGAAUAUGUUUGUUUCUUUUCAUCCGUGCCAUACACUAAGAAACUUAAACAACUGUUGCCUUCAUGCUAUAUUUGUUAGAGCAGAAUAUGAAUAAAAUUUGUUUGAGAGGAUAAGGUGGAA